UUUGGCAAUGGUGAUUCGGAAACACGCCGACAUUUUUCCCGACGACCUACCGGCGGUUUUGCCACCUGAGCGAGACAACGACCACAAAAUCGAGCUGGAGCCCAGCGUGCAACCUACUGUUCGGACUCAAUGGCGGCUGACUCAGCCCAAGCUGGAUGAACUUCGACGCCAGCAGGACUACCUACUCGAGAAAGGUUUCGUUCGACCCAGCACAUCCCUGUUUGCAGCUCCGAUCCUGUUCACCCCGAAGAAAGGUGGCGGUCUACGAAUAUGUAUUGGCUACUGCGCCUUGAAUCGGACUACCAUCAAGUCCCGCUAUUCUAUCCCGCGUGACGACGAACUCAUCGACCAACUUUGUGGAGCCAAGUUCUUUUCUAAAAUUGACAUGCGAGGUGGUUAUCACCAAAUCCACAUGAACGAAGCUGACCGCUACAAGACGGCGUUUCGGACCCGGUACUGGAGUUACGAGUACACGGUUAUUCCUUUUGGCUUAACAAACGAGCAUUCGACGUUCCAGUUUAGCAUGAACGAGGUUUAUCGGCCGCUGCUGGAUAAAUGCCUCAUCGUGUACCUCGACGACAUCUUGAUCUACAGCACUACCCGGGAGCAGCAUUUGAAGGAUUUGGAAGCAGCAGCACCGACUCAUCACCAAGGGCUCUAAGUGCGAGUUUCUCCUUCAGGAACU